AUGUCGGCUGAGCGGCAGUCUAAGAAGCUGAGGCUGAGCCCUCCUAUUGAAUCAAUUUUUGAUCGCAAGGAUGUACUAGUAUGGGUCGGGAGGAUCUUUCACUUUUUGGGCAUGGGACACUAUGCCUUUGUUGGGCCUGUCAACAAGAAGAUGAAUCAGCUCUACAAAGAGUAUUGCAACACAGUCAAAAAUCCUCCAAUGGCAAAGCUGUCCGCGUCCGGGAGUACUUUUCCUGCAACCAGCAUGCACACCGUCUACAGUGCCAUUUUCAGCAGUGUGGCAUGUGCGGAGUGCUGGGACCUUGACAGGCACACCGAAGGAAAGAUUCCGUGUCGAGUUGAUGUUUGUCAGAUCAUUGCAGAGUUGGGAACGCUGGCAGUGCUUGAGUGGGCUCGCAGCAAAGGAUUUCAAUGGAACGUAUUGACAUGUUCUGCUGCUGCAAAAGGUGGGCAUGUUGAGGCUCUAAAAUGGGCACGAGAAAAUGGCUGUCGUUGGGAUGCUGCGACAUGUACUCAAGCUGCCGAAUUCGGUCAUCUGAAAAUUCUCAAAUGGGCCCGAACAAAUGGCUGCCCAUGGGACAACUCAACAUGCUUCAUGGCUGCUAAAAAUGGCCAUUUGGAAUGGGCCCGGGAGAAUGGCUUCCCAUGGGAUGGAGCUGCCUGUGCUGCUGUGGCUGCAGAACGUGGUCGCCUGGAAAUUCUAAAAUGGGCACAAGAGAAUGAUUGUCAAUGGGAUAGCAGCACGUGUUCUGCUGCUGCCAGACAUGGGCAUUUCAAUAUAUUGAAAUGGGCCCAUGAGCAUGGGUGCCCAUGGGAUUCAGAUACUUGUGAUUCUGCCGCUUCAGGUGGCCAUUUGGAAAUGCUGCAUUGGGCACGAGCAAAUGGCUGUCCGUGGGAUGCAGAGACUUGUAAUUCUGCGGCCAUACGUGGGCAUUUCAAUGUACUGAAAUGGGCCCAUGAGCAUGGGUGCCCAUGGAAUCGGUUUACAUGCAGCCAUGCUGCCACCAGUGGCCAUUUGGAAAUGCUGAAAUGGGCCCGUGAGCAAGGCUUCCCAUGGGACGAAUACACGUGCACCUGUGCUGCAUAUUUUGGCCAUCUGGAAAUUCUUAAAUGGACACGAGAGAAUGGAUGCCCUUGGGAUGCGCAUACCUGUGAUGAUGCCGCUUCAGCUGGGCGUUUGGAAGGGCUGCAGUGGGCACGAGCAAAUGGCUGUCCGUGGGAUUCAGAGACUUGUGCUUCUGCUGCUGCAGGUGGUCAUCUGGAAGUUCUAAUCUGGGCUCGUGAGAAUGGGUGCCCAUGGGAUAAUAGAACACAUGCAGCUGCGAAACAUGCUUCUCCCGCGAUAAUGGAGUGGGUUCUUGCCAAUGGCUGUCCCUUGAGUGAACCGGCCUGGUACGAGUAGAAUCAUUGAGUGAACUAGCAUGUCAUAAGGUUGCUCAUUAGCUUUUAUCAGUUACUUCU